CAUGCUUAUCAGCUGAUUCCCAAGCGGCGAUUUAGUGUGUUUACGUUUGCCCAACUUAAGAGUUGACUUUCUCUUGUUUAUGUGUUUCUAUUGUGAAGUGCACAUUGUUCGAAGCUUCUUGUGUUUUUUCCAAAAGUUUGUUUAUAUUCGGAGAUUGUGAGGAUUCUAAGCAAAAAAUUCUGUUCCCCUUUUAUUACCCCAAAGUUUGCACUCAUUCGGUAUGAAAAUGGCGUUGAACAAUUGGUAUGAAUGGUAAAGUCGCAACCUACCUUAUCGCUAUACAUGAAUGUAUAUGUAUACAAAAAAUGGACGGAAACGGCAUGUUUAUUCUCAAUGCCGACUGUAUUUUGGAAAUAAUGAAAUACGUAAUUACUGAUUGCCAGUAUAAUAAGCGUCAUGUUAAAAGUGGGACUCUUGCCUACGAUGAUUUAAUAAACUUUGUUCUGGCCCACGAAUUCUUCGUCGAAUUGCUUGCGGAUCAUCACAAAAUCCUUUACAAGGAUCUUGAGUUGGUUCUAGCAUGCAGGACCGUAAAGCUGCUUAUAGAUCUUCGAGUGAAUAAGCAAUCGAACAACGGAGGAUUUUUCUGGAGAUCCUUUCUGGAAUCGGUCAGUGAAGAAAGUCCGUUCGAUCUUCAACUGACUUUUCAAGGCUUAUACGUACAUAUUAAAAUAACAGGCAUCUCAUCGGGCCGCACACACCAAGAAACGUUUAAAUUUGACUUAACGCUUACUGCAGAAGCAUUGGCUGACAUUUUCCGCUCCAACCAAAAUGUAACCAAGUUAAGCUUUGAAAGCACUGAAGUGCAUGGAGGUCUUUCUGAUAUCAUACCCCAUUGCGCCAAUCUUGAAGAACUGAGUAUCACGUUGCAUGCAGGAGACGUGGUAUCCCAAUAUGAACCACUAGUAAAGUUGCCCAAUCUGAAAAAAAUUUUAGUUACUGGCUUACGAAGAAGCAAGUCGGAAUCGCUGUUUUUUAGCAGCUUAAGAAAGUGGCACAGGCCAUCGAGUCUUCCAGCUUUGACACUAAAAAUCGAAGAUGACCUAACUGAUAUUCAUCGACCUGUAACGUUUGCCACUUUCAAUUCAUUACUAUGUUUGCGUGUGAACGAAACCAAAGCUUAUUAUGAACUAAAAUAUAAAUGGAAAUGGAAUGCAAUUUUUAUGGCCGAGUACGAUUUAUCUGCAAUGGAGGACGACAGCAAUUCAAUAGAUGAUUCUCUUGCCACCAUUAGAUUGGGUGAAGGUGUUAAGGUCAAGUUUAUAAGGUCUGAAGGUAAACUUGAGUUAAAGUUAGGCGAUAAUUCAGACAUUAGUCAAAUGGGAUCUUUAUCAAAACUGCCCAAUCUUACUCGCUUGGUAGUCCAAAAUAAAACGUAUUGUUCAGAAUAUCCCGAUUCACUUGCCAAAUUCCUGCGAUCAAUGGCUCCAAACGGGUCAUUUGCUUUAAAGUCAUGUAAAAUAAAUUAUGGACAAUUACAUCAAGCUGAGAUUGAAGAGCUUGCGAAAAUAAAGUCACUUCGAUUCCUCGCAUGCCAUUUACACGACGUGCCUGAUAUAAACUUCAGUCAAAUGACAAACUUGCAACACAUGAAACUCAAUUUCCGCCAUAAUUAUUAUCACAUUACUUCUAAUGUAAUCCAUAAUCUGCUAAGCAAAUGCCAGGUGCAAGCAACCAUAUUCAGUGAACAUGUUACAAUUACCCUAUUGAGGACAGAAAAACGUCUAGAGAUUAAUCUGUUUAAUUGUGAAAACACUGACUUUGCUAUUCCCCUUGCCAAACUAAAGGAUUUUAAUACCCUCGUGAUUUCAGGGCGACAGGGAUUGGAAUAUCUUAAUAUGAUCUUCGAUGCUUUCGCAGCCAAUUUAAGUACGAUCGAAGAAUUGGAUUUAUCCGAAUUGCGACCUUACAGGUCCGAAUUAAAUAGAGUACGUUUCGAAGAUAUUUCCAAAGUGACCGAAAUUCAAACCAUUAGGUCACUUCGAUGCUGCUUAUCAGAUGUGACUGGUGUUCAGAAAUUGGCAGAUCUACAAAAAUUAGAGAACUUGGAAAUAUACCAUUCUGGAGAUGGCAAUCUUACCGAACUUUUCACAAAACUUGCAGAGAAAAAUACAAUUAAAUGUAUAAGUACUGGAAAACUCACCCACGAAGAGGUUUUAAAGAUAACCCAAAUGAAGUCGAUGAAAACUUUGGUGUGUCGUUUUUUAAACGAGGAUGACCUCAAAUUCUUUGCUGAGCUAGCAAACUCCAGUGUCGAAGAAUUAAUUAUUAUCGAAUAUAAUAAUUCGAUAUGGGUUACACCCUCUCUGUUUUAUACGAUAAGGGCAAGGCAACUUGGUCACUUUGAUAUAUGGUACAAAAAACUUCAUUUUUUUGAAACGGUUGACGUUUGUAAAAUAACAGGACUGAAAAGAUUAUGUGCUGCUUUUGUUGAUUCGGAGUGUGCGCAAAUAUUAGAUAGACUACCUCAACUAGAGGACCUAACUAUUGGCUUUACUUACACAACUAAUUUGGAAAAUCCGCUAAGGGUUUUAGCACUGAAGUCACCAUCGACUCUUAAAAAAUUGGAGCUAUGCAACUGGAUUGGCGGCAGCGAAUGCGCAUGUUUGACUCAAUUCGAAACAUUGGAAUCUUUAACAUGUUCAUUGCGUAAUGAGACGGGCAUAGAUCAUUUGGCCAAUAUACAAAACCUUAAAGAAUUACUUAUCCACCGUGAUAGCGCAACGCUAAUUAAUCUUUUCCGUGCCUUCGCCCAAAAAAGUGAUUCCAAGUUGGAGAAACUUCAAGCUCCAGUCACAUGUUCUGAUGAGAUGCGUGAAAUAUCACAGAUUAAAUCACUAAGAACGCUGAAUAUUGAUUUGACAAAAAUGUGUGAUAAUUUAUCAGACCUUAGUCGAUUAAAUGAACUAAAAUCGUUGAGUAUAAUUGAUAGUUGUGGAUGUAAAUUAAAUAGUGAUAGCUUUUUGCCAAUUUUUCGGUAUUGUCCAAAGCUCGAUCGGGUCGAUUUGGGAUUUUAUUAUGGGGUGGCUAUAGACUUAGUCAGCAAAGUAAACAAUGUUCUGAAAUCUAAUCGAGAUCCUGUAAAUCAGAAACCGCUACAACUAAGUAUUUUUAGUGUAUCGAUUUACCCGAAAAUCCAUGUGGAAAACAUUGAUGAGUCGAUCCUGUACGUCUCUUAUUCGUACGAAACAAAUAUGGGUGGAGUCGAAAUAGAAUUUAAUUCUGAUAACGAGGAUUCAGACGAUUCGGAUUCUUUUGACUAUGAUUAGUUAAAACCUAAUUUUUAAAAAAAUGGUCUCACAAAACCUAACAGAUAAAACCAGAGAUAACGCUACAGUCGAGUUCCCCGACUAUCAGAUAGCCCAUAUACAGGAUAUUCACCACAACAGACAUUUUUCGUACUAAGGCUUACUUCGGUUACAUACAAAAGACUUUUCAAAUUGCUAAAACUCGUCGAUAGCUCUUUGUAAACGCACUUCAUAUUAAUCGGCCAACGUAGUUCCUCGAAGCCCCUAAUUUCUAGGAUGCUGGCACUGAAAGCGAGUUCAAAAAAGUUCCGGCGCACAUGUGACACACACUCUAUGGAUUCUCUACCGUCCGUGAACUCAUUAAAUAGAAUCGGAUCAUUUUGUAGCUGGCCACCACCCGGGUAUCCUGUUUGUCCAUUAGUUCCUUGAGGACAGAAAAGUUUCCAAAUUUGCGCGCCAACACUUGGAGUACGGGGGAUGCGCUGGCACCUAUUAAAAUCAUUAAGAAGCGCUGCCAGUUGUGACCGAAUUCUCUCUACAAGUCGCGAAUAUUGAUCAUCGUUUUAACAGACAAUUCGAACUCAUGAUAUAGAGAAUCUAUAGAAUUUCAAUAAAACUGUGCGGCAGUUCUUUUACGAAAGUGGGUAUAUCUAAUUAUACCACGUACUCGCUGGCAUUUCGUGGGUUGGACACGACGUCAAGGUUAAAAAAACGUUAGUUAGACCGUAGGGAUGCAGAUGAGCCAGGGUCUCAAGCCAUUUAAAUUCUUCCUGGGGCCAAGAAGUACCAUUCGAGAUGAACUGGGACCAUGUGAGCGCCUCGCCUAGGGAAACCACUUUCAUGUACUGGCCCACAUCACAUAUAUUUCGCGGUGCUCAACGGCAACUGAGGUAGUAACUAAGGACCUUGCCAUUUACACUGGAUGCCUUUAGAAGCGGCGAUUGAAAACUCUGUUCAUUAGUUCGACCAUUACUUUAAAAAAGUUCUGGUUAACCUGGUUUUCCAGCAUUUGUAUGAUAUCGAAAUAGGAGUCGUUGGUGUAAUGUUCUACUCGCCGUAGGCGUGGUUGUAGUAAUUAUCACAGGGAUUGGCCUCCUCGUCCACAUGAUUAACGUCUUGUAUUAGAGCUGGCCGUUACAAGGGGUGUUUAGUUUAGUGCGAGCGCACUGAAACAUUAACCGUCGCAUCAUAGUCCAGAAAUACUAUUGUUACGUAGGCUUUCGACCUCGAUGGCAUCCCACAGGACUGUAACCCAAACUUGUUGGAAAUACAAUUGCAUGGAGAGUAAAAUACAAAAUAAUCACACUCCAUUGCUUUGUUUAAAGAAAAUAUACCUUUACGCUUGCUAAAAUCGAAUUUCAUAUAUGUUAUACAAUUAUCACACGUGUUAUAGUUUGAAACGUGCAUCUUGUUUAAAGUAUAAUUGUCCAAUGCGUUAUCGCUGAGUGUCUGU